GCAUAUAAUGAAAAUGAGUCAACUUAGUAAUAAUUCUAUGGACCAACUUCUUGCGGAAAUGUGUAAACAUGUUUCGAGUCUUCAGGACAAAUUGCAAGUUGCCGAUUCCGCCGCAAACAAAGCACACUCAAUUACGGAAGGGAUUACCCAAGCUAAGGAGUAUCAAGAAAAAGUCGCUUCUUUAAAUUCUUGUUGGAGGACCAAAAAUCGAUCUCAACUCGUUGGCAGUCUGCAACAAGAGAAUCGUCAAAUUGUUGCAUUGGGGGAAGAAAACAAACAAUUAAAGUUUGCUUUAAAAGAAAUGGAGGAUGGAAUGCAUUUAAUUAUGAGUGACUACCGGCGAGUCCUUUCAGGAUUUAUGCGUGUUGAAAAUUUGGAUCAGGCUGUCUGUUCAAAGACUAACAACACUUAUUUUGCUGGUGUGGACCAUAAAGACUACAUUGGAAUGGCUAGGGCAGCUGGGAAAUAUAUGGCAGUCACUGAACAGUCAAUGGCUGGAGAUAAGGCGACUAUUAUGCAAUUGGAAGCUGAAAAUGUAAUACUUCGUCAAAUUUUGAAUGAUAUUCCAAUCUAUCAAGAAGCAACAUCCUCAAAGCCGAAAAUUGAGAAUAACGAUCUCAGCAAAAUUAUUGAAGUUGACGACCACCAAGAAGACUUGUUGAAUACUCCAACAAAGGAAUCUUUCAAGGAAUAA